AUUUGUCUUUACUUUCACUUUCAUUUGCACAUCUUUUUUCUAGCAACUUUCAUACUCUCAAUAUACUACUAAUAUGUACUCUUUUUUGUCAUUUAUAUAGAACUCUUCCCAACACUUAAAAGGCAAAAAAUAAUAAUUACGAAACACAUUGCAUAAACCGACUUAUAUUAAGAGCUUCACGGGAUUACUGCUUCUGUACAUUCAUUAAUGGCGGAAGUUGAAGUACGAAUAUUGGAGGCAGAGAGCUCUAAUACUAAUUCCUCUGUUUCUUCUUCUUCUUCAUCAUCUUCAUUGUCUACUGAUUCCAUGCACAAAUCGGUUAUUGAAUCGUCAAUCGAAUUACUGGGAGAGAAGAAACGGCCAACGAAGAAACAGAGGGCUAAAACUAAUAGUGAGAGUAGACACCAUAUUUACAGAGGAGUUAGGAUGAGAAGUUGGGGAAAAUGGGUAUCUGAAAUUCGUGAACCCAGGAAGAAAUCACGUAUUUGGCUCGGUACUUACCCUACAGCAGAAAUGGCUGCUAGGGCACAUGACGUGGCAGCUGUGACUAUCAAAGGAAAUGCCGCCAUUCUCAAUUUCCCUCAUCUAAUCGACUCGCUGCCUCGUCCAUUGUCAAAUUCACCCAGAGAUGUUCAAGCUGCUGCUGCUAAAGCAGCUUCAAUGAGGGACCCACCUUCUUCAUCUUCAUCUUCUUCCUCCUCGUCGUCCCCAUCCUCGUCCUCAACAACAACAAUAGCAGCGGGAUCAGAAGAGCUUUGUGAGAUUAUUCAGCUACCUAAUUUAGAGGAAAGUGAUGAUCCAAAAACUGAGUUGAGACUGAGUGACUCGGUUGAAGGAUUGCUGUACUCGCCGUGGUGGGCAGAUCAUAGUACAGAUUUUUGUGGUUAUUUUCUGGAGCAGUCUGCAACAGCUGGAGAAAGUUUAAUUUCUUGCAGCUUUGAGACGCUGAAAUGGGCUUGUUAAAAGCUGGUCAUGGAGCUUUUUGGACUGAGAACUCUGUUCUGUUUUUUUUUUUUUUUUUUUUGGUCUUUUUUCUUGUGGAUGUUUUGAAUAUAUCUGUGGAAUAGUAGUUACUGUUUUAGUAAAUAUACUUAAAUAUCAGUUUAGUUGUUCAUAAACAUAAAUUUUAUCUACUCUUUCUUAUGCAUUUGAAUA